AUGAUCUAUAACUUGGGUAUUGCCUAUCUGGGAGGGGCGUGCAGCUCCAAGAGGAAGUGUGUUCUGGCCGAGGACAACGGACUCAACCUGGCCUUCACCAUAGCCCACGAGCUGGGACACAACAUGGGGAUGAGCCACGAUGACGACCAUGCUACCUGUACAGGCCACUCCCACAUCAUGUCUGGCGAAUGGGUGAAGGGCCGUAACCCCAGCGACCUAUCAUGGUCCCCCUGCAGCCGUGACGACCUGGAGAAGUUCCUCAAGUCCAAAGCCAGCAGCUGUCUGCUCCACACAGACCCCAGAAGCCGCUACAAGGUCCGCCUGCCACCCAAGCUGCCAGGCAUGCACUACAGUGCAGAUGAACAGUGUCAGAUCCUCUUUGGAACCAACGCCACCUUCUGCAAUGACAUGGAGCACCUGAUGUGCGCGGGCCUGUGGUGUUUGGUGGAAGGAGACAAGUCCUGUAAGACCAAGCUGGACCCUCCUCUGGAUGGCACAGAGUGUGGAGCUGACAAGUGGUGCCGGGCAGGGGAGUGUGUAAGUAAAAGCCCUAUCCCACAGCAUGUGGAUGGGGACUGGAGCAUCUGGAGUCAGUGGAGCCAGUGCAGUAGAACCUGUGGCACCGGAGCUCAGUUCAGACAGAGGAAAUGCGACAACCCGCCGCCAGGUCCUGGUGGUAGUAACUGUCAGAAGGCCAGUGUGGAACAUAAAGUGUGUGAAGGUCCUCCCUGCCCUAAAGGAACACCCAGCUUCAGAGAGCUGCAGUGUCUCUCCCAUGACCGCCAGGCCGGAAAGAAGAAGAACAGCAUAUGGACCGCAGUCAAUAACGAUGAGAAGCCAUGUGCCCUGUUCUGUUCCCCUGUGGGGAGAGAUGCCCCCAUCCUGGUGCAGAGAGUGAUGGAUGGAACACCAUGUGGACCCUACGAGUCAGACCUGUGUGUCAAUGGCAGGUGUCAGAAAAUCGGCUGCGAUGGCAUCAUCGGCUCGUCAGCCAAGGAGGACCGCUGUGGGGUGUGUAACGGAGACGGACACUCCUGUAAGAUAGUCAAGGGAGACUUCAACCACACCAAGGGCAGGGGUUACAUCGAGGCUGCUGUCAUCCCCGUUGGUGCUAGGAGAAUCAAAGUUGUGGAGGACAAGCCCUCACACAGCUUUCUGGCAAUGAAAGACUCUACCAAGAGGUCCAUCAACAGCGACUGGAAGAUCGAGCUUCCUGGAGAGUUUCAGCUGGCCGGCACUACAGUGCGCUACGUCCGGAGAGGACUCUGGGAGAAAAUGUCCGCCAAGGGACCCACCAAAACCCCGCUGUACCUCAUGGUGCUGUUGUUCCAUGACCAGACCUAUGGGAUACACUAUGAGUACACAGUGUCUCUGAACAUAACUGAACGUGAUGAUGUCAGUGAGGAGCAGAGAGCACCAGAGCACCUCUACCUUUGGACACACAGCUCCUGGCAAGACUGCAACGUACAGUGUGGAGGAGGUGAGAGGAGGACAGUGGUGUCCUGUAUGAGGCUGGUCAAUAAAAGCAUGACUCUGGUGAAUGACAGCCUCUGCCAACCAGAGAACAGGCCGUUACCCCAAGUACGACGCUGCAACUCACACCCCUGCCAGUACAGGUGGCUGACAGGGGAGUGGGGCCAGUGCUCUGUGACGUGUGGGAAGGGUCUGCAGCUGCGUGAGGUGGGCUGUGUGUACCAGCUGCAGAACGGAUCCCUUAUCCACACACGGGACUUGUACUGCCAGGGGGGCAAACCCCCCGCCCUGCAGGGCUGCGAGGGACGCCUCUGCCUCACUGCCUGGGAGGCCUCGGAGUGGUCCAAGUGUUCUUCAGACUGUGGCAGUGGGGUCCGUCGGAGGACAGUGAGGUGCACCAACCCCCAGGGGAGCUGUGACCCCCUCUCUCAGCCUGCUGACCAGGAGCCCUGUGAGGACCACUCCAAAUGUUACGAGUGGAAGACUGGGGACUGGUCCAAGUGCUCGUCAUCCUGUGGGAAGGGCCUGCAGUCCAGAGUGGUCCAAUGUAUGCACAGAGUGACAGGUCGCCACGGUAAUGACUGCCCUGUGGUGUUCAGACCACCCACCUACCGGCCCUGUCACCAGGAGGCCUGCAAUGACAAAGUCAACGUCAACACCAUCACCUCCCCCAGAUUAGCUGCUCUGACCUACAAGUGCACAGGAGACCAGUGGACUGUGUACUGCCGUGUGAUCCGAGAGAAGAACCUGUGCCAGGACAUGAGAUGGUACCAGCGCUGCUGCGACACCUGCAGAGACUUCUACGCCAACAAAUCACCCCGCAAGAGUUAAUGAUGAAAGCACUCACACACAUACUGUACACAGACAGACACACACUUCACCUAGGGCUACGACUUUAGAUGCUUCUGUAACACUUGACUUAAAGCUUGCGGGUAUAAUGCUUAGUAAGUCGUUAUAAGCAUGAAUGAGCCUUUAUAAUGUGUUAUAAUAAGGCUUAUGAUAUGAUAUGUCUCUCUAUGUAUCAGCAUGAUAACCGACUCAAAAUGUCUGUUAUUUAGCCUGCUUCAGGAGAAGAUACUAAUAUAUUGUAAGGGUCUCGUGGCAGGUCUUUAUGCCGGCAGGCUUUAAGUAAAGAGUUACGGAUGUUUUUUCUGAAUUAUUCAUAUUCUUAAUAUUAAUUAUAAGACAUUAAAUUUUGGAGAAAAAGUGGAAAUGAGUGCAGAGACCAUUUCAAGUGGGAUCAUAAGCUUGCUAUUGUCAUGAAGACUUGAAAACCUUCUUUAACUUGUUUUAUUGCUGUAAACCAAAGCGAGGGACUUCACAGUCUGGGGAGUCCCUCGGUGGGUAGCCUGUCGCGUCAACGUUUGUUGUACAGUGUGAUUUAACAUUAGCGUUAACAUAUGUGAUAACUCUUUAUGUGGAAAGGUCAUUGUUAUCAGAUAGUUCACAGAGCAUCUAUAGACAAUCAGAACAUGUCUGAUUUUCAAAUGCACACACCGAAUCUAAUUCAGCUAGGGAGGCUGAAUAUGAGUAAAUCUAUGUUACUUGGAGCGGCAGGUAGCCUAGUGGUUAGAGCUUUGGGCCAGUAACUGAAAGGUAAAAAAUCAGUUGUUCUGCCCCUGAGCAAGGCACUGUUUCCCUGGGCCCUGAAGAAGUGGAUGUGGAUUAAGGCAGCCCCCCUCACCUCUCUGAUUCAGAGGGGUUGUGUUAAAUGUGGAAGACACAUUUCAGUUGAAUACAUUCAGUUGUACAACUGACUAGGUAUCCCCCUUUCCCUUACAUAGAUAGAAUGUAUGUACAUCACAGGAGGCUGGUGAGGGGAGGACUGCUCAUAAUAAUGGAGUGAAUGGAAUGGUAUCAAAUGUUUGAUGUGUUUGAAACUAUUCCAUUUAUUCCGUUCCAUCCGUUAGUAUGAGCCCAUCCUUCCCAAUUAAGGUGCCACCAGCCGCCUGUGACAUACAUACAUUACUUACACACACAUACAUUAAAAGACCUGUAAGGACUUUGUUAUUGCAUGUUAACAGAGGUGCAGUUGACAUGUAAUACAUCUAAAUGGGAGUUGGUACGUAGUCUGAGCAUGUAGAUCUGUAGGGGACUAUCCAGAUAAAGUGGGCCUGUAUAUUCUCUUGUGUUUAGUUCAGCUGGCCCUGUAUUCACCAAGCCACUGGCUGGCCACUCACUAGACUGGGCCAAGAGACCUGGCUCGUGUUCAUUAGGCACCAGAUGGACUGAAACGGGUAGGGACUACUUGAACUUGUUCAAUAAGAAACGCUCAUUUUCUUUUUUCCGCUGCAACGUUUGAAAACUUUUCCCAUUGUGUGCUUUGAUGAACAUGACCCUGGUUUCUUCUCUUAGUGACAAACCGUAACUUGAUGUCUUGAGAUAAUGUGAAUUUCGCAUUGACAUCAAUCCAUAAGCUAAGUCUUGGUUACACAUUUGAAUCUCAAGUUAGGAUUUGUCCCUUAGUUCCACGAUAGAUUAUAUGUACUUACAUUUUGUUGUUGUUUUUUGUUGAUGUCAUUGCUAUUUUUUGGCGGUUGUUGUUAUUUAAAACUAGCCAGGAGCCGUUAUAAGGUACUGCAGUUCUACAUUGAAAUGAUCAAGCUAACGAUAGGAUAGGCCUAGUUCACUAUUCCCUAGGCUCACCUGAAGGCCUUGGACAGCCCAUGUAGCAUCCGUCUCUCUCCUGAGGAUCCAAUGUUGGAGACAGUGCAGUGGUGGGGGUGUAAUUUAAGAGAAGAUUAGAUGUAUCUUAAGUUACUGUCGUCCUACAGUUAACCACAUACAGUGUAUUCAGUAUUGUAUAUGUGAGUGGAAUCCACAACCCAGUGUCGUUAACACCUUGCUCCAACUCCGCUCCAUGAACCAACUGAGCAAUCUGGGUGAAGCAGGUUGCAGCUAUAUUGUAUCAUGUGUGUAUCUGUUGUCCUCCCUUGGUGCUUGGUACAUCGUCAUGACGAUGUACCAAACAUGACGUAAACUAGUCUCUGGUUUCAAACUUCACACUUACUCCAAACCUGGUGUUUGUUAACAUUUCCAUACAUCAUCAAACUUGAAAUUGGUUUGAACUAUUAAACAGUAAUUCAAACACAAUGUGAGGCUUACACCGAUUUCAACAGCUUGCCCUUAUGCAUGAGUGUGGCAAACGUAGACGUCACAAGCAUCAACAUGUAAACAUUAAUGGAGGCAGCGUUAUGUUUGCUACAAAAUGAUGGUGCAGUAGAUAACUGACUGUAAAUAAUGUACAGUUAGUUAUCACAGACAUUCUUUAUCCAUAAAUGACGAAGUGUCUCCAAUUGUGUUCAUGUUUUACAGAUUAUGAUUUAAAGGGGUAAUCUCCAGUUGUGUUCAUGUUUUACAGAUUAUGAUUUAAAGGGGUAAUCUGCAGUUGUGUUCACGUUUUACAGAUUAUGAUUUAAAGGGGUAAUCUCCAGUUGUGUUCACGUUUUACAGAUUAUGAUUUAAAGAUGUAAUCUGCAGUUGCUACAUACAUUUUUUGAUUUAUAAAUGAGCUCAGGUCAACUGUCUUACCCCAUCAGAACCCCAAAUGCUUGUUUUGCAUGUAAACAAACACUAUGAAGCCUUAAAACAUGGUUAAAACUAUCAACUUCAUAUCAUGGAUGGUCAGUCCUUGCAUCCAUAGCUCGGUCUAUGAAUUUGAUAGUGGUUACAUUUCUCCAGACUUUUUUGAUUGUUUUAACUGCUGAUUGACGCUUUCCAAGUGUAUAACGUAACAUUCAGCCCUGUAGCGUAUAUCUAUGGCUCUGGCCUAGUUCUCCUGGUUCUUGGAGUUGGCUGAAGCAGAAACAGAUCUAGUGUUACCAGGCUAUGUAGUGUAUAUCUAUGGCUCUGGCCUAGUUCUCCUGGUUCUUGGAGUUGGCUGAAGCAGAAACAGAUCUAGUGUUACCAGGCUAUGUAGUGUAUAUCUAUGGCACUGGCCUAGUUCUCCUGGUUCUUGGAGUUGGCUGAAGCAGAAACAGAUCUAGUGUUACCAGGCUAUGUAGUGUAUAUCUAUAUUUCUGGCCUGGUUCUUUGUGAUCUAUGGAGACCACCAUGACUAAUCACUUAGCCCCCAGGUAGAGACCCUGUCCCCCAGGUAGAGACCCUGUCCCCCAGGUAGAGACCCUGUCCCCCAGGUAGAGACCCUGUCCCCCAGGUAGAGACCCUGUCCCCCAGGUAGAGACCCUGUCCCCCAGGUAGAGACCCUGUCCCCCAGGUAGAGACGCUGUCCCCCAGGUAGAGACCUGUCCCCCAGGUAGAGAUGCUGUCCCCCAGGUAGAGACGCUGU